AUGGCGCAAUUUCUCGUCCCUGAGCAGCAGCGCGGUGGGAAGCUGAAGCCGAAGGCCCGGAAGUGCGUUUCAGAGAAGCCGUCGAUAGGGGAGCCGUCGAACGGGAAGCGCGUUUCAGAGAAGUCGUCGAUAGGGGAGCCGUCGAACGUGGAGCUUGCUUCAGAGGAGCGGACGACAGGGGAGCAGUUCGAUGAAGGCACAUCGAGCGACGUGGUGGAGGUGCAGCCCGGACCUCGGAAGUCGGGCCGAAUUCGGAGGCCACCCGACUUCUUCGUCCCCGCUGCCUUCACCACGGUGUACGAUGUGGACGACGAAGACCUGGCGUACGAUGACGCCGAGAAGGAUGAGGAGUUUUUGGAGCUCGACCCCGACAUGCACGCCGAUCCCGAGCACCGUUGGGACAUUUCGACCAUGACGGUGAAGAAGAUGUUGGCGAGCUGGAAGGGCCCAGCGGUGAAGGCCGCCAUGGAGGAGGUGAUUCGUGGCCUCAUCAAGAUGGGCACUUGGGAGCUGGUCGAACGCCCGCCGGCGGUGAACAUAAUGAAGAACCGGUGGGUGCUGACAACGAAGUACCGCAUCGACGACACUGUCGAGCGCGAAAAGGCAAGGCUGGUCGUGCAAGUGUAUGGCGCUGAUUACAACGAGACGUACGCGCCGGUGAGCAGCUAUGUCACGCUGAGGAUUUUCCUCAGCAUCGUUGCCGUCCUCGACCUCAACCUGAUGCAGCUGGUCAUGAAGAACGCCUUUUUGCAGAGCAAGCUCGACCGCGUGCUGUACAUGUACCAGCCGGACCACUUCAACAACGGGACCGGCCGGGUGUGCAAGCUGCUGAAGAGCCUCUAUGGGCUGAAGCAGUCGCCGCUGCUGUGGUACACGGCUCUCAACGACGUGUUGGUUGGCACCAGGUGGAAGAAGAGCCAAGUCGACGAGGCUCUGUACUUCAAGGUCGGCGACGACAAGGUGACCUGGUGGGUGCUGGUCUACGUCGAUGACCUUCUCGCCGCGAGCAGCAGCACCGCGAUGCUGAAGAAGCUGAAGGAGCUGCUGGAGGCCGCUUUCGAGCUGCGCGAGAUUUCGCCGGUGCAGAAGUAUCUCGGCCUGGAGAUCCUGCGCGACAGGCCUGCGCGAAAAUUGUGGCUGCACCAGCAGGGCUACGCCGACAAGCUGCGGAGGCGCUUCAUUGACGAGGAGCAGACCGGGCGCACUACGAAGACGCCGGUCUCCGUCGCCGCCUACGCGGAGCAGACAUUCGACGACAAGGAGGCGCAGGAGCGUGAGGAGGAGGAGUACCGGCAGAAGGCCGGCUCGCUGCAGUUCGCGGCGACGAUGACGAGGCCAGACAUCGCAUUCGCGUGCAGCAAGCUUGAGAGCGGCCUCACGGUGAGGAGCGACCAGCACUGGCGCGAAGCCGACCGCUGUCUCGCCUUCUUCGCCAACACGCGAGACACUGUCCUAGAGUACGGCGGUGGUCCGGAGUCGCUGGAGUUGGUUGGCUUCGUGGACGCCGACGACGAGGGCGACAAGCAAAUCCGGAUGAGCACGGGUGGCUACGUGUUCGUCUACGGAGGGUCCGCGGUCUCCUGGUCGAGCCAGCGCAUCAAGUGCGCGACGCUGUCGUCGACCGAGUCGGAGUACGUGGCGGCCGGCAAGGAGGGACGUCGCCUUCGCUUCCUCCUCGCAGAGUUCCAGCAGCUAGACACCGGAAAGCCGACUGUCCUCAGGGUGGACAACAAGUCAGCCAUCACGGUUGGCAAGGGCAUGGGGUUGAAGGGCAGCCUCAAGCACAUGGAACGGCGACAUGCCUGGCUACAGCACAUGGUGAAGCGCGGGAAGUUUUCGCUGAAGUACAUCCCGACCGCUGAGCAGCCGGUCGACUUCCUGACGAAGGCGCUGCACUACCCGGCCUUCAACCGGUGCUCCAUUGCAAUCAGCCAAGUGCGCCUGGCCGAUGUGGGCGACGGUGACAACGACGUGCAGCAUUAG